AUGACAAAUCCACAUCAACGGAUUCCUUCCGCCUCGUCUGAGAUGCCCCCACCACUCUCUUCAACGAGUCAUUCGAAUAUACACCACCGAACUCUUAGAUUUGAGCAAAAUUCGGAAACAAAGAAGCCUAACGAAGUCAAAAUUAAAGCUAGCAAUGUCACCAAAUCUACCAAGAUUCACAACCUCAACAAUAAUCAUGUGAGUCUCCAACAACAGUCAUCUGAACCACGGAAUCGUCGUCCUCGUAAGAAUCAUUAUCCGAUGAAAUCUCCCUCCAAGUCAUCACCAGGAAUCACACUUAGCUUGACAUCUUUACUCAAUCCAGAGUGA